AUGGUUAAUCCGGUGAUUAGGUUGAAUGUUGAUGUGACUGCAAAUCGGGUGAAGAGUGAAGGCCCCAAACUGGUGCCCUUCUUUAAAGCUACUUGCGUCUAUUUUGUCCUCUGGCUGCCAACUUCCAGCCCUUCCUGGUUCAGUGCCCUCAUCAAAUGCCUGCCCAUCUUCUGCCUGUGGGUUUUCCUUCUGGCUCACGGAAUUAACUUCUUAGUGUCACACCGGAGCGCCAGCCACAUCUUAGCGGGACUCAUAUUCUCGGCAGUGGGAGACGCCUUUCUUAUCUGGCAGGAGCAGGGCUACUUCAUUCAUGGUCUGCUGAUGUUUGCCAUCACACACAUCCUCUACUCUUCAGCCUUUGGCAUGAAGCCUUUGGACCUCAAAGCCGGCUUGUUGAUGGGCCUUGUUUGCAGUUCCUGUUAUGCCUUCCUGUACUCCUACCUCACAGGCCCAUUCACCUACCUGGUAGCUGUCUACAUUGCCUUGAUUGGCUUCAUGGGCUGGCGAGCGGUGGCCGGCAUGCAGCUGUGCAACGACCUCUGGACAUGGACCAAGCUCUCGGCCUGCAUCGGCGCGAUGCUGUUUAUGGUGUCAGAUCUGACCAUUGCACUUAACAAGUUCUGCUUUCCUGUGCCCUACUCGCGCUUCAUCAUCAUGGCUACUUACUAUGCAGCCCAAAUGCUUAUUGCACUGUCAGCUGUAGAGAGCAGAGAUGAAGAGGACUUCAGAAAGCGAAGCUAG